AUGACUGUAAGCAGGAGUGUGGGAUUGCGCUUGACAGAAGCAGCCACAAAAGAAAACCACACAAGAACCCAUGAAUGCUCAGAGUGUGGGAAAUCCUUUGCUUGCCGGUCCCUCCUUUUGACCCACAGGAAGGUCCAUGUGGGAAGUGGAUCCAGUGAAGGAUUGGAGGGUGAGAAAUCCUUCUCUGGAAAAGACAUGAAAAAAUUCAGAAGCCCCCCCAAACUAAAACCUCAUAAAUGUGAGGAAUGUGACCUAUGCUUUGGUCAAAGAUCAAACCUUGUUAGACAUCAGAAAGUCCACACUGGAGAGAAACCCUAUCAGUGUCUGGAAUGUGGGAAUUUUUUCAGUGAAAAAGCCACCCUCAGAGACCACGAGAGGAUUCACACAGGGGAGAAACCUUACAAGUGCUGGGAAUGUGGGAGGAGCUUUUCUUGGAAGGCAGGUCUUUGGGCCCAUGAGAAGGUUCAUGCAGGAAUAAAAUCUUACAAAUGCUUUGAGUGUGGGAAAUGUUUCAACCAGAGUUCAUCUCUUCGGCAUCAUGAGAAAACACACAGAGGGGAGAAAAACGAAAAGUGCCUCGAAUGUGGGAAAUGUUUUAUCUCGAAAUCAAUCCUAGUGCAACAUCAGAGACGUCACACCGGAGAGAGACCCUAUGAAUGCCCAGAAUGUGAGAGACGAUUUAUGUUUCCUUCUCUACUUCAGAGGCACCAGAAGGGGCACAAAGGGGAGAAACCCUAUGAAUGUGGGGGAUGUGAGAAAGGUUUUCUUACACAAAGAGAGCUUCAGGUUCACGAGAGAAUCCACACAGGGGAAAAACCAUACAAAUGUGAGGAGUGUGGAAAGUGCUUUACCCUAAAACACCAACUUGGAAGUCAUCAGAGGCUUCACACAGGAGAGAAGCCAUACAGAUGCGUAGAAUGUGGGAAAUGUGAGAAGCCAUAUCAAUGCAUCGAAUGUGGACAAUUUUAUUCUACCACAUCACACCUUAGAAGUCAUGUAAAAACUCACACAGGGGAAAGAAAUUACAAAUGUUUAGACUGUGGGAGAACAUUUGCUCAUUCAUAUUCCCUUAGAAACCACAGCCGAAUCCAUACAGGAGAGAAGCCCCAUAAAUGCUCAGAGUGCGAUAAAUGUUUUUCUCAGAAAGCCAGCCCAGAGCCCAAGGACCUCCUGGUGGUCUCCCAUCCAGCGCUGCCGAGCUUUCCUAGAGUGGCCAAGGCUGGCCAG